GCCAUGCAUGCGUUCAAAUCAUGGGUGUCUUGCAUUGCGAUUUGGGAUAGCUACAAGCUGCUAACCGCACCACCUAACCUACCAUGAGUCCAUGACCAGUUCCGAGUUGCAGUCACUUUCGCAAGCUUAUCUUUCUCAUUGCUGUGCACAAGUAAUCUCCCAAGUGAAAGAGUAGUACUCUUGACCGUCGAGUAGUUUCAGACGUAGGCAGGCAGCUAGCCAUGGCCGGGUCCUCUCACCACCGGCGUUGCCUGGUCGUGAUCCUCCUCAUCGUCGUUUUGCAGACGUCCUUGUACGUCAGCUCGGCUGCGGCGUCGACGCCUCUGGCGGCGGAGCGGACGCGGCGGAAGGACCCGCUGGACGGGCUCCGCUACUACGGCGGCGGAUGGAACAUCAGCGACAGGCACUACAUCGCGUCGGUGGCUUUCAGCGCGGCGCCGGCGUUCGCGGCCGCAGCGGUUUGGUUCGUCGCCUUCGCCUUGGCGGGGCUCGUGGCCUGCUGCUGCCGGUGCUGCCGCGGCGGCACCAUCAGCGACUACUCCUACUCACGCAAGAAAUUCGCCGUCUCCCUCAUCCUCGUCCUCGCCUUCACGGCGGCCGCCGUCAUCGGGUGCGCGGUGCUGUACGACGGACAAGGGAAGCUGGACUGGACAGCACCACCUCCUCGGGCCCUUCCUAGCACGAUAGAUGAGCGUUCGCGGGUACGGUCUGGGUGCGGGUCGACGUUCCGGCCGGGCACGUUUUCUUCGGCGCGCCUUGUUUCGAUGGGGACCACCAAACCAUGGCAAAUACGGAGUACUAUGCACCACGAUCGAUCGAAGGUAGCGAGACGAGAAUCGCACACGCACACGCACACGCACGCCCCCGCCCCCCUUCCCUCACGUGCGCGCGUGCCUACGCCAGCCUGGCUCCAGCAGGUUCGUUUCUUUUCCGCCCCCCUCCUUUCCUUUUCUUUUCUUGCUUAAUUGCAUGCGGGGUGGGUCAAUUCAAUUAAUCCAGACUUGUCCUCUUAUUUUCUUUUCUUUUGUUUUAUCACAACAACCUAAGCUAAGCUAGCUAGCUACGACUAGGCUAAUCUCGAUCAGCUCCGCACUCCACAAGCUACGUGG